AUGCUGGGGAGCUUGGUGCUGGGCCUGGAGGGGCUUCUGGAGAGCCUGAAGAUGGUGGGUUACCUGUCCACGCACGUCCUGCUUCGCGGGAAGGAGCACCUGUGUCGAGGGAUGCUGUGGGUGCUGGAGGGCUGUGGCAUCGCUGUCAGCCUGGUGGUCUAUUUCACUAACACAGUGGUCAACUAUGCACUCAUUGCUACCCAGAACAUUUACUUGGCGGCGGUCAAUGUGUGGCAGACGGUCUCCAGCCCGCUGCAGAAAGUGCUGGAGCUCACGCUGACCUCCUUCACCUUUCUGUACAGCAGCCUGGUUGGGACUUCUGCUUUCCUGUGGACGCCCUGUAAACUUGUGUUGGACUUUCUGGUCUCGCUGGUUCACAUGUUUGUCAGCAUCUUCAUAUUGAACAUCUAUGGCUUCUUGCUCACUGUCACUAUUGCUCUGACUACCACCGCCUACCUGAACCCAGAGCUGACCCGACAGGCUGCUGUUCGAGUUCUGGAUUAUAUCAACUCUAUUCCUGCCCUGCGCAGACUUCACCUGGCUCUCUACCGCCUUGCUUCAGCCUUGCAGAGCGCCCCACCCUUUGUACGUCGCGUCAUGCAGCGCCUGCCCAGGAUACUCCGCCACCUCUGCCUGCUAGAGAGAAGACUUUGGCGGCAGCUGUCUCGACUCAGCAGCCAGCUAGGUCUGGCUCUGAGGACACAGCUCCAUGGGGACAACAACAGCAGAGUGCGUGGCGAUGGCGACCCUGGCGAGGAGAGGCGGGACCCACCAGAUGGCAGAGCAGGAGAUGGAGCCCACCGGGAGACGCGGGAUUUAGUUUUCCCCUCAUCAAGCACAGACAGGCCGCUAAAGAAGCAGUCCUUUUCGGGCAAAGACAGUAAUCUUCUACCUGCUGAGAAUCUGCUGACUCUGCUGAAGGAGCAGGAGGACAGGAAGAAGUGUGUGAUCUGUCAGGACUGUACCAAGACGGUGGUGCUGCUGCCCUGCAGGCACCUCUGCUUGUGUAGAGACUGUACGAACAUCCUGUUGAGGCAGCCCAUCUACCAGCAGAACUGCCCACUCUGUCGGCACAUGAUCCUCAACACUAUGGACGUGUAUGUGUAA